UCUUUGCUUUAACUGUUGCCUUGCUUACUCUGUGUUACUUCUUUGAUCUGGGCAUGCCUCUGUCAGUGCCCAUUAGUUUUGUACAGAAAGCUAGGUUCUAGAUCAGGGAGUUCCUCCAGGCUUGCCUUCCUGUCGUCUUUCUUAAAGAGCCUCAGGAAUUUACUCUUCUCUUCUGGACCUGGUAAUUUUCGUAUCUUAGCUCCUUCUUCUUAUCUGUUCCUAUUUGGAUUUGGUAAUAAGACUUUGUAUGCAUUACCUUGCUGCUAGUUUGGUAACCUACAUGUGGCUGCAUCCAGGAUUGUGGCUUGGCUUCACCCAACUGCUGGAGUAGGUAAGAGUAUCAUACUCUUGCACUCACUCAUGGUCUUUGAGAAUGUAAUUUGCCAGGCAUAUUGUACCCUUUACUACCUAAGAAACUACAGGGAAAUCGGGCAGUGAUAUGACUAUCUAUUUUGCCCACAAAACUAUAACUGAAACAUUACUGUGUAUCUAGUACCAGAAUACUUUGAUUGGCAGUUAAAUGCCUGAGAGAAAGUAGCCACAUGUGUUCUAAGCAUAAACCAGGUCUAUAAAGGAAACACAUGAAAUGGCUGACAUUUCUUUUCCAAGAAAAAGCAGAUCACAGCAAAUUAUUAUGACACAAGUCUAUAUAGGUGCCUGGGGAAGAAAUGAAAGUAAAAGAACCAUCAUGAAAGGGUGAAACUAGUUGAAAAAGGCUUUCUCCAGGAGGUGUGGGGUUCUUGAACUUAAUCUAUUAGAUAACUGUAAAUUGCUAUAGAUGCUAAGGGUUGAAAGAGUAAAAUUGGCAUGGCCAGAAUGACAGAUGGAGAAAAUGGUUGCAACAUCAACAGAUGAGAGGAGAGAGAGAGAAGCUGGAUUUGGGUAAUCCGUGCUUUUGUGGUUGGGGGAGUGGAUGGGUAGGAGGGAGGCAUGAGAAUUCCCACCAUAUUCUGGGGUUGCUAUUAAGAAAAGCUGCAUUCACUGUGAAACAAACAUGCUGGACUGGAACUCAGUCGUUUGCUUUUGAAGUCCUUGGAGCCUGCCAUAAUUCCUCGCUCUAGCUUUCCUUCUCUUGGAGAAGUGGACUCCCAGGUUCACCUUGGCUGUUUUAAUUAGGCAUUUCUAGGGAAAACAGGAUAUGAAUGAAGAAAUAGUAAUGCAAUCCUUGGAAGAUUUGCAUCUCAGUAAAGCAGCUGGCUCUAGACCACUGAUUGCUCGUUUGUCACACUGGGGAAAAUUAAAGGAAGUAUCUUUCCCAGCUUGGUACUGGUGCCUACUUGUACCUUUCAAUAUUUUUCCUGCUCCCAGCAUCAACACCGCAACUGCUGAAUCCUCAGUGACUAAAGACACUUCAGACAUUCUUUUCUCUUUCUGUUAUUGUCUCAGUGAUUUUGACUUUUGUAGGACUUAUCGUGAAUCUCUUUAUUGUAGUAGUCAGUUACAAUACUUGGGUCAAAAGCCACAGAAUCUCCUCUUCUGAUAGACUCCUGUUCAGCUUGGGCAUCACCAGGUUUCUUAUACUGGGACUGAAUGCUGUUUUCUUCAUCUCUGCAAAUAUGGAAAGGUCAGUCUACAUAUCCAUUUUUUUUUCCUGUCAUGUUGGAUGUUUUUGGACUCUAAUAGUCUUUGGUUUGUAACCUUGCUCAGUGCCUUGUACUGUGUGAAGAUUGCUAACUACCAACACUCACUGCUUCUCCUGCUGAAACAAAAUCUCUCCCCCAAGAUGCCCUGGCUGCUGCUGGUCUGUAUGCUGAUUUCUGUCUCCACCACUCUCCUGUAUGUUGUGCUCAGACAGAAAGCACCCCCUUCUGAAUUUGUGGCUGGGAGAAAUGACACAGUAUUUGACAUCACUGAGGGAAUCUUGUCUUUGGUGACCCCUUUGGUCUUGAGCUCAUUUCUCCAAUUCAUCAUUAAUGUGACUUCUGCUUCUUUGUUAAUCAGUUCCUUGAGGAGACGUAUACGGACGAUGCAGAGAAAUGCCGCUGUUCUUUGGAAUCCUCAGACUGAGACUCCUGUGGGUGCUCUGAAGCUGAUGAUAUACUUCCUCAUACUCUACAUUCUGUAUUCAAUUGCUUCCCUGCUCCAUUAUCUCUCUUCUUCUGUAGGGAUGGAUUUGGGAGCCAAGUCCAUUUAUGUUAUCAUUUCCACCAUUUACCCUCCGGGACAUUCUGUUCUCAUUAUUCUCACACAUCCUAAACUGAAAACAAAGCAAAGAAGAUUCUUUGUUUCAAUAAAUAGUGGAAUUUCAAUAAUCAAUGGUGGCUAGAGUCACCUCGUGGGGCGCAAGAUUUUGUUGGCAGUUUUCCCAGCUAUCUGAGGAAUUCAUUUUUGGAAUUGCUGAUCUGACUCCCUAGGCCUUUAAGUGCCUGUAUUUCAAUUCAUUCGACAAUAUAUUUUUGCUAAUAUUUUAAAAGUAGGCACUUUCUGUAAGAAACUUGUUUGAAGCAUCGCUUACCAUGUAUUUUGCAUGGACGUUGCAUACCUGGAUCAUGGAAGUCACCACACUGUUCCAUGGCUACUGAAGUUUAAUGGGAAGUUCCCCAAAAUAAAGCAAUACAUUAGAGAGCACAUCAUUAGUUAAAUUUUUGAGGUUUAGCUGAGGAGCCCUGGGUAAGGGAUCAGCAGUGGGUAAAUGGUCAUCAGGAGCCACUAGACUGGCUUAAAGCAUGGCAAGAGGGUGCAAAGAGAAAAAGAGGAAAGGAAAGUUUCAGAGAGAAAAGGGAGGGAAGAGAAACGUCAAAGGAAAUAGGUGUACAUUGUGUCAGAUGCAUAGAAAAAGGGUCCUCAACUUGCUGAGGGACAGUAAGUGAGGUAUUACUACCAAGAAACUCUAGGACUGAAUUUCUAGGUUUGUUCUGGAAAGAAGGGAAGGGCCAGAGUUGAUGAGUGGAGGGAAGUGGUUAGGAUUGAAGAAGCCCAAUCCAGGAUGGUUUCAAGGAUCUUCAAAUCCAGGGAGCCAAAUUCAAAAGCAUGUGCCAAAAAGUGAAAUUAACACAAUCUGAGUGCCCCUUUACAAAAGAUUGUACCCUUCAUAUGAUAUGGAAUUCAGUAGAAAGCCGAGAGGAGUCAUUGGACUGGUGGUGGGAACACCUGACUUUUGGUGAAUUUAUGUCAUCUCUGUGUGAAUUUAUGCACUGAGAUUUAUGGGCACUGCACAGUUCUCCAAAAUGCUGAGCUUUUUGUUUAUUUGUUUGGAACAGCAGGACUAUGGCUACAGAGGAAUAGGAAUCUGAAGAUGGCAUAUUGAUGUUUUGAAAUGGGAAUUGGGAAAUAAUAAUUUAUAUAGUUUUUUUGG